CUUCGAUUUCAGCGAUCAGCAGCAAAUGUCGCCUCCUCCUGGACCCUACUCCGGCACCAGCACUCUCGCCUUGGUGGCUCGUGCUUCAGCCUUCACGUUUGGAGUCGUCUAUGGAAAUUUGAAGCUUAAGUAUCUUAAGGCCAGAAUAUUGCAAAACCCAUUCUGGCUACGUAUCCUUCUCAAAUGUCUCAAAUGGCCCUGCUUCUGAUCAUUCCGUUGUGAAGAUAUCAAGUAGGAGUCAUGUGUUUGUGCAUGACUAUCAGAGGCCUACUUACAAAUCCUGGGGUGACGUGACUCAAUACUAUAAGAGAAGAAAGGAAGCUUAUCGUGCUAAACGGACUUCUAGUUUGCCUAGUUUGACAGAUGGAAGUGAUCACAAAUUUAGACAACAAAGCACUGAUAAUGACUUAUCUUGUCCAUCUACUUGUAAUUCACCUCUCUCGUUCAGAAAUGUUCAUGAUUCAGCUUGUUCUUCAGGAAACCUUAGCCUACCGAAUAUCGUAAGUGUGAAUACAAUUGCACCAGAUCGUGAGAUGAAGGACAACUUUUCAAGUAGCAGACAGUCUUAUACAUCAAAUAGCCAACAAGCAGAUAUACACUGGAAAAUCUCUCCGAGGACAAUGCAGUUACCUCCAAAGUCUUCCCAACCUAAAAUUUCCCUGCCAAAAUUAU